CUAAACUCUGAGAAAACUUUGAGCUAGUGUCGGUCUCCGCCUCCACUCUCGAGUGAUCUUGUGUUCCUCAUCAGAAAAAAAGAGAGUGAUCCUGUGUACUCCGCGGAAUGCAACUUUUCCCGCCAUAUAUUCCAUCCCCCUCUCGUUUCUAUUGGUCAAAAGGCGGGAAGAGGCAAAGGACUUCCUAGGGUUUACUGUGCUCAAUGGAGGUCGACGCCGCCUACCCCGCCGCCACCGCUGGCGAUGAGCUCCGGCGGCUCCUCACCGCCACCCUCAGCGACGACAAAGCGUCCGUGGACGCAGCCACUGCUGGCCUCGACCGGAUCUCCGCGGCCGGCGACCCCCGCUUCCCCAUCGCCCUCCUCGCCGUCGCCGCAGGGGAUGGUGAUCAAGGUACAAGAAUAGCUGCGGCGACUUACUUGAAGAAUUUCGUCCGGCGCAACAUGGAAGGGGGGCUCUCGUCGUCCGAUCUCUACAGGGAGUUUCGCGACCAGCUCGCGCAGGCUCUGCUUCGAGUGGAACCUGCAAUUCUUCGAGUGCUGAUUGAAGUUUUUGGCCAAAUCGUGGAGAAAGAUUUUGUCAAGGAGAAUUCGUGGCCUCAACUUGUGCCUCAGUUGAAGCUGGUGAUCCAGAGCAGCGAUGCAAUUAGUCCAGGCCAGCAUCCUGAGUGGAAAACCAUUAAUGCUCUCACGGUACUCCAGGCCAUUCUUCGCCCCUUUCAGUAUUUCUUGAACCCGAAAGUUGUAAAGGAGCCUGUUCCAGAGCAGUUGGAGCAAAUCGCAGCUGAGAUUCUUGUACCACUGCAAGUGACAUUCCACCACUUUGCUGACAAGGUUCUACUAUCGCAUGAUGGGAAUAAGCUGGAAUAUGAGCAGCUCCUACUUAUCACAUGCAAGUGCAUGUAUUUCACUGUGAGGUCAUACAUGCCAUCUGGGGUGAAGCAGAUCCUGCCUUCCCUUUGCAAAGACAUGUUCUGUGUACUGGAUUCAUUGGAUUUCAACAGUCCUGAAGAUUCAGCUACAAGAAGGCUCAAGAUUGCAAAAAGAUGUCUUAUUAUAUUUUGCACACUUGUUACUCGUCACAGGAAACAUGCUGAUAACCAGAUGCCACAUAUUGUCAACUGCAUAAUCAGAAUAUCAAAACAAAGCAUUCAUUUAAGUAAACUCAAUUCUCUCUCGGACCGGAUUUUUUCAUUAACAUUUGACGUGAUUUCCCGUGUAUUGGAGACAGGCCCUGGAUGGCGUCUUGUUUCACCCCAUUUUUCUUCACUUAUGGAUUCAGCAAUUUUUCCAGCAUUAGCAUUAAAUGAAAAGGAUAUAGAUGACUGGGAGGAGGAUACUGACGAGUAUAUGCGGAAGAAUCUUCCCUCUGAACUUGAUGACAUUUCAGGGUGGGCUGAGGAUUUAUUUACUGCUAGGAAAAGUGCCAUCAAUUUACUUGGUGUUCUAGCCCUCUCAAAGGGCCCACCAGUUGUAUCUGCAGCUUCCAAACGCAAGAAGGGUGACAAAAGCAAAGGAAAGGGAGGAAGCUGCAUUGGGGAGCUAUUGGUCAUCCCAUUCCUGUCAAAAUUUCCUGUACCUUCUCAUGGAGAAGAUGCGUCAUCAAAGGCAGUGCAGAAUUAUUUUGGUGUUCUAAUGGCAUAUGGAGGCCUCCAAGAUUUUCUGAGUGAGAGGAAAGAUUUGGCGGUUACUUUGAUCAGGAAUCGGAUUCUUCCAUUGUAUUAUUUAGAUCCGUGUAGUCCAUAUUUGAUAUCUACUGCAAACUGGAUUAUAGGGCAGCUUGCCCUGUGCCUACCAGAGGCUAUGUGCACGGAUAUUUAUAAUUCUUUAAUGAAGGCAUUGAGCAUGGAAGAUGCCGAGGAUGUAACUUGUUAUCCGGUUCGUGCUUCUGCUUCUGGUGCUAUUGCAGAACUCAUUGAGAAUGGUUAUGCUCCGCCUGACUGGGUUGCCCUUUUGCAAGUUGUUGUGAAAAGGAUAAGCGUUGAAGAUGAAAAUGAGUCUGCUCUUUUGUUUCAGCUUCUGGGAACAAUAGUCGAUGCUGGCCAAGAGAAAGUUGCGGCGCACAUUCCUGGCACUGUGUCUAACAUUGUCAAUACUAUUAUAAAUCUACUGCCCCCUGUACCAGAUCCAUGGCCUCAGGUUGUCGAACAGGGUUUUGCUGCACUGGUAGCUAUGGUUCAAGCUUGGGAUAGCUCUGCACCAGAUGAAAACAAGGAACAUGAGAAGAGUGCGUGGCAAUUAGGCCAGACUGCUAUUGCUCAAACUUCUUCAACAGUAUUACAAAAAGCUUGGCUGUUGUCAGUUGAACAGAUGGAGCCGACUUUAGAUUCUGCACUGCCACCACCUUCAUGUGUAAAUGAUGCUUCUGUGUUGCUUGAAUUCAUCCUGAGGUCUAUUACUUCUAUGGAAGAAAUCACACACAUGAAGGUCUUUGAGCUAGUAGUUAUAUGGGCAGACAUCAUUGCAUACUGGGACUCAUGGGAGGAGGAGGAGGAUCAAGGAGUUUUCAACGCAAUCAAAGAAGCUGUCAGUUUCCAUCAAAGAUUUGACUCCUCUGGUUUCUUUCUGAAGAUGCUUCCUUCCCAGUUUGCAAAUGGAUCACAAAGUUCUGUCAUUAGUCGGGUUUCUAGUUUUGUGACCAGGGCCAUUGCAGCCUACCCCUCUGCAACAUGGAGGGCAUGCUCAUGCAUCCAUACACUAUUGCAUGCUCCAGAUUUUUCCUUGGGAGCAGAAGAUACCAGAAUGACUCUUGCUGUAACCUUCGGGGAAGCAACAUUUUCCUAUUUCAAGGGUGUAUCUAACAGCCCUGCUGGGAUAUGGAAGCCACUACUCUUGGCCAUUUCUUCAUGCUACAUUUGCUAUCCAGAUGCUAUUCAGCAAGUUUUAUGCAAGGAUGAUGGCAAUGGUUAUACAGCAUGGGCAUCUGCACUGGCACAGGUGUCAAGUAGCUCGUUUACUCCUGGGCUCUCGUCUGAAUCUGAGAUCAAACUGGCCAUAUUAACAUUAGCAACUGUGAUUGAGCGACUGCUGGCCCUUUCCAUGGGUGGCACCAAGGUGUUGCAAGACUGCUAUAUAUCAUUGAUGGAGUCCUGCAUUCAUCUCAAGGACGUUCAAGAGGACGGGGAUGAUGAUGAUGGUGAUGGAGCAGAAGAUCUAGAUGACGAUGAUGAUGAGGAAGACACCGAUGACGAUGAUGAGGAUUCGGAGGAUGAUGAUGUGCGUGAAGAGACGGAAGAGGAAUUCCUUGCAAGAUAUGCUGCUGCUGCUGGCGAGUCAAUCGAGGUUGUUGAGGAAGGAGACAUAGAUGAAGAAACCCAAGACAUUGAACUGGGUUCCCUGGACGAAAUGGACAUACAACAAGUGGUUCUUUCACUGAUUCAGAAACAUACUGCGCUCCUCCAAGCGCAGGUUUUGCCAGAUGACCUAAUUGAGAGAAUUGCAGAAACAUUUCCUGAAUAUGAGCAGCUGUUGCAUGCUCACCAACUUAGGUGUUAGACUUGUGCAGAUUUUCUUUUCCAAACAUGUUUUCUAUGUUAGCUUUGCGGCUUUUAUUAGCUUUAUUUUGUUUGUCUUUCGUUUUAGUAGAACUCUGCUUGUUCUUUGUGCUUGUGUAUGAAAUGAUGGACUGCAUUGUGUUACUGGGGUUUCCCACUUUUGGUGGAUGAAAAAUAUCAUUCGUUUUA